AUGACAACGAUGUUCAUCCAACUGCGCCGUGUGGUGUACCUGUUGGUACUUCUGCAAUUCUGUACUUGUAUGGCCCUUGGAGAUGAUAAAGUUCCGUCAGUUGCCAAGGAAAGUGAGGUUAAAAUUGUGGAACAACGGUUAAAGACGUCAGUAGAUAAGGUCUAUGAAUUACUUGUGGAAGGAAAUAGUUGUUUGUCUGUGUGGAAGGAUGAGGUGGUGGAAUGCAACAGAAGUACUGGUGACGUUAAAACUGCUGCCGAGGAAACCAAAGGUCUUAUUGAGAAAAUUGAAAAAACAGAGUCGAUCACUAACGAGGGAGAAGAGGUCGGUUCGACUGACAAGUUGCUGCAGGACGUUAACGCAUCGAUACGAGUUGUCGGAGAUGCAGUCAAGAAUACGCGAGCAAGAAUUAAAGAUACAAUGUGGAUUAGUAAGAAGUGUACCAGCACGAUUGAAAAGUUGAAAGAAGUGGCAGGACAACUGCGGCAAGAUGCACUGCACUUUCCAAAUUUGCUUGAUAGUACAACAGAGACGCCGAGAAGGUUAAGACUCGCGCGAGAAGGGAGUGGAGCAGACGGGGUGGUGACGAAUCUCAUUGGAAAUCUCACUGCACUGGUUGAACCGAGUCGCGAGACAGUGGUAAACGCCAACCUUACUUUGAAGGAGGUGAAAAACGCGACAAAAGAAGUGAUUGAUAAGCUACACGGAAAAACACCAGAGAGCCCUAUAACAAACGUAACUGAAGAGGUGCAAAGGAUUAUGGUUUUGGGAGAAGUUCAAAUACGAGAUAUUGAAAGAUUAUGGGAAAAGAAUGCCACUGAUAUAACUGAGGACGGACCUGACUUUGGGACUAUAAGAGCAAAAUGGAAUAGGGCACAUGAAGAAGAACAGCAAAGGGCUGAUGAAGAAAAAGCUAAAAGGACUGCAGAGGAUGAAAGAGACGCCGAAGAAGAGAGACGGAUCGCAGAAGAGAAGGCGAGGAUGGAGGAAGAGAAACUUGCUGCAGCAGAGAAGGAGAAACUGGUCGAAAAAGAGAAACUGGCUGCAGAAGAGAAGGCAAGAAAGGCUAAAGAAGAUGAACUGGCGAGAACGGCAAAGAAAGAGACGGACAACAGCAGCAGUCCUGCAUUGGUGCACAGUCCCAUUUUGCUUCUUGUUCUCUUGUGUGUUUUGGGUUGCUCUCUCAUGUGCUGA